AUGCCGACUCUGCCACGAGGAGAAAUUCGAUUCCAAAAAGACUACUUGGCUCAUGUGCAGGGAGAACACCCCGUGGUCGCCUCGAAUACUGACGAAAUAUCACUGCUCAAGAUAGCUCGUCAACCUAUGCUUCAAGUUCCGGCACAGGACUAUCCGUGCUGCUCCGAAUGGGAAACUCGUCUUCGAGAUCGCGCAAUACCCGCCAUCAGCUUCGACACUACACACGACAGUGUUUGUGUACAAUCACAGUUAUUCAAGCGCCAUCUUGCAUUGUUUGCCGCCCCCGUAUCUUCUGUCUACGCUGGUGAUGGUGAUUCUAACACUGCUGCUCAGCAGAAGUCAGAUCCCCGCUCCGACAAUGACAACACGUACGAGGAUGGUCAUUGGUUUGCUUCCCUCGACAUUGAACAAGCCAUUUUCGGUUUGGUAAAUCAAGCUCCGUUCACAGUCAUCAGGUCUUUCAGCCAAGGGCCAUGGAUAGUUGUCGAGAAAGUCAUCAGCACAAUUGAUUCGCGAGUGUAUACUGUAAAGCGAACACGCUCGGUGAACAAACAAGACGAAUCAUCAUUCCAGUCUGUUCAGGCUGAGAUUGAUGUUCUCAAAAGGAUCAUUCAUGAUCACGUAAUCUCUUAUCUAGGAGGCUUCAGUGACAGGUCACAGAAAGGAUACGACAUACACUGCAUCUUGUUUUUCGACGCGGAGACGAACUUGUGGGACUAUCUUGAAGACACCCCUACAUCAAAAUUCAGAGAACUUCGAACAUUCUUCGGGUGCCUCGCUACGGGCUUGGGAUAUCUGCAUACGCAGAAAAUCAGGCACAGCGAUAUCAAACUAAUGAAUAUUCUUGUAAAUCAUGGCCAUAUUCUCAUAAGUGGAUUUGGCAUGGCGCUCGACUUUCCAGCCAGAACGAUGAUAACUGGUACCACGACUGGCGCAAACAACUUCGCUCGUAGCUAUACUGCGCCUGAGGUCAUCCGACAUCAAUUCGUGAACACUAAAUCGGAUAUGUGGGCACUCGGUAAGACGAUUUUGGAAAUAAUCGCUGUUCUCAAAGGCAGAACAUUUGAGGACUUCAAUUCAUCUAGUUACGAGUACAAGCAUAACAUGCUCGACCAGUAUCUGAGGGCUCUGCCAAAUUAUCUUGAACAGCUGCAGGAAAUGGGACUUGCGACAGACAACGCGCCGCUGAAACGGAUACGAACAAUGCUCUCAGAGGACCCAGAGAUGCGUUCGGACGCAUCCUCUUUGGCUGCACUCAUCACCUGCGUCGAUGAAGGACAAUUCAAUUCUUUCUGUGGAGUAUGCUGUCUCUCCUCUCCCGAGAUGCCGUCUGACUGA